CCCCUCGCCUGAGCUUUUCUCGCGGAUGCUCUCGGAUGACCAACGACAACAGCUCCGCUGACUUCAGGAAAUGAGGCUCCCCCAGACACUUCCGCUCACCCUUCUUUUCCUGAGCUGCCUAGAAGGUGGUACCAGCAGGAAGAGCCAAGAGAAUAGUGAAAAAACGAAGCCCUCCUCCCCCUGGGCGCAGUCGGGACAGUUCUCCACCCGGGACAAACAUCUUUGCGGUUGGCAGCUGAUCUCUGGUAAAGAUACCACUGAGCUCCAGCUCAGCUGUCACCCUCCAGGAGAGGAUAGCAGCCAGAAAGGUCAGCAGUGUGUCUACCGGGGCCAGCCGGAGCGAUGCGCUGCCUACAGCUCCAAAGGCCGCCAGUUCUGGAAGCAGAUCCUGGGCAAACUCCGCAAGAAGCGGCACCCCUGCCAGGACAGCAGCCCACUCAAAUCCCGGCUUUGUAGUGGCAAGAAAGAGGCACCUGAAUCACAGCUACACCUGGUACCUGCCACUCCCAGCACGGGGACUACUGAGCUCCCAGAGGCUACUGAGCGGACCGCUAAAGGCAGAUCCAAGGGGAAGGGCCAGGCCAAAGAGCCCCUGGCACCGCAGAAACCGUCUCAGGCACCCCGGGAUAGAGUGAUAAGCAGCCUGGCAAAGGCAGAUGCCCCACACAAGCAGAGCAGAGGGGGGAAGAGGAAAGGCGGCCCAAGCUCAUCCUUGGCACCAACCCAGUCGCCCAGUAGGCGACCUACAGCAGUUGCAGAAGGCACCCAGCAGCCCACAGAGCUCAACGCAGAUGUGGUAGAGGCCUACUGUGAAGAGCAGUGGCACUCGCUGUGUAACUUCUUUGUUAAUUUCUGGAACGGCUGAACCAGGAGCAUCAGGAGAAGCAUGGGGCGUAGGGUGGGGUGGGGGGGUAGAAGGGGGGAGUGUACAGCAGAGAGCGUAGUCAGAGAUACGGCUGGAAGGGAAAUGGUGCCAUUUGGGAUAAGGGCAACAUGAAGGCAGGGAUGAAAAGGCGGAAGUGAAAUGAAUGUUUUUGAGUGCCAGCAGAGCGUGGGCAAAGAUGGGGGGCAGUAAGGGGGCAGUGUGCAGCAAUGGGGCUUUAUGGGAUGUAUAACAUACUCAUUCCUACUAAUCCUGUAGCAGCUGCUAAUAAGGAGGCUGAGGGUGUGGAGACCCCCUUUGCACUGGGGGUGGCGGGUUAACACGAGAGACAUAUCCUUCCUUCCAUGCUAGAUGAGAGCCAACUCUAAGUUAAACUGCUCUGCUGCAUCAGACUAUUUCUUCUCUACCAAUAAUCGAGUAGCUAAUCCUCAAUUAAUACAAACUAUUUGGGAUUAUCUUGUUAAACCACUCAUAAAAUUCUUACUCCUGUAUCUAGGAAAUAUCUAACAUUUGUACAAGCAUAUGGUGUGGUAUAGAUGCUGCUGGAUGUAACAAUUAUAUUAACGUAAUAAUAAAUGAAAUUCUUUUUACA